AUGAGUUGUGCGGCGUUUAUCACUACGGGUUGGAACCUGAAUUAUCGGCGAUGUGGUCGUUCUGCUGAUCGUCUAUGCGUUCUUAGCCAUCCUGUAGAGUCACGCAGAUGGUCUCUGCACUGGCGCGCGUGCAUUGAUCCCAGCGCCGCGUCCGCGUCGGAACCGGUGCGGCUUGUCCCAGAUCACGCGCACUUUGUGGAAUGGGUAACUGCCGACACCGAGGCAGGACGAGCCUCAAUAGUUAUGUUUAAAGCGAGCUGGUGUCACGCGUGUGCCAACGUGUACCCACGCUUUUUGGAGCUUGCAAGCCAACAACAAGCGUCCAAGUACAUCCGCUGUUAUGCGGUGCAGUUCGAUGAGAACAAGAAGCUCUGCCGGUCAUUAGGCGUGACGUCACUGCCUUACUUCCAGGUUUACGGUGGACCUGAGGCUGGAAUGUGCCUCGAGGAGCGCAGUAUCGGGCCGAAACGACUUGCAGAGUUGGAUGAGCUGUUCACACGCUACAACCGCGGCUGGCAUGCAACCGACCAGUCUGCACGCGAAUGUACAGCGAGCAGUGCCGACCACGAUGCCACGAGUCCUUCUGCAGAGGCGCGAAACGACUGA